UGGUUUUUUUUUUUUUUUAAGGCACAACCGAAACACAACUAAACCAGCGCAAAACAGUCAGCUUCCCAGCCCCUGGGAACUUCGUGCUGACGCCUCUGCAACGCUGACACAAAACAAAAGAGAGCCGUCGGGCGCUGAUAGUCGCCUCGGAGGUAACCGCGCCCGCUCGCCGCACUUUCCAAGGCCACCCUCGCCGCCGGAGGAAGGGCCCAAGGCAGGUGGGCCGCAGCCCCCCCGGAGCAGCAGCGCAACGACCACGCACAGGGCUGCUCCCCUCAGCACGCGGCGCCGAGGCCCGGCCGGCCCGCGCCCGCCUGCGGGGCGCCUCCACGCUCCAUUGUCCGCUGCACCGCCACAAUUCGACUCCAGCGCUCAGAAGCCGAGGUGCUUCUGAGCGGCCUCCGGGCAAAACGGAGCAGCGGGCCGAGACACCCCAGAAAGAGAGGGCACGUCGAGCAGCCCGGAGUCACCAACAGAGAACUCCACUCGGUCCGUCCUGCCUCUCCAGCGUCGCACUCCUAUGACAUCAGAGAGAAGGGGCCAAGGCCCCUUUCGAACAGCCGUUUCUGGACAACAGUGCCUGCAUAGAAGCGGAGGAAAUCUGAGUCGGACUUGCUCCUCUCCCAACUUCCAGCCAUUAAGCCGUAACUCUGAGCGCUCCUGAAGGCCGCCACCGUGCCAUUAUCUAGUCUACUUCUGCGGUGCCGGCGCUCGGGUCGGAGCCGGCAUGACUUAGGGCAGCCCAGGACUAGAAAAAACAGCGUUCGAGAGGCAAGGCCGCUCCGUUCCUGCCUCCCGGCUACGGGAGGAGGGCUCAGUCACGUGCUCGCGUAGCCUCUCGUCCCUCCCUGCCCAUGACACGGAAGCGGCUGGCGAGCCGUGGUUGGGGAUGGCAGGGCUCUUGUUCGGUCUCCUGGCCCUGCUCUGGGGCACGCAGGUUUCAGAAACAUUUGAUUACAUCCCGUUUUGGAAGGGACAGCAACAGAUGUACAAGCUGGAUAUAGGCUGGCCUAAAAUUCCAGAAUACUUCACUGGCCAAACAUUUUGUGUUGCUGUUGACUCCGUUCAUGGUUUGGUCUAUGUGGGACAAAGGGGAGACAAUGUGCCAAAAGUACUGGUAUUUUCAGAGGAAGGCUAUUUUCUUUACUCUUGGAAUAAUACUGUUGAAAUGCCUCAUGGUAUCUUUGUAUUGAACACUGCAACUGAUAGUACAGUAUGGAUCACAGAUGUUGGAACAGGAAAAUAUGGGCACACUGUGAAACAGUACAACCCUUCGGGUAAACUUCUGCAGGUCUUGGGCACACCGGGUAAUGCUGGUUCCAGUUUAAUUCCUCUACAAUUUGAUCAACCAGCAGAGGUCUUUGUAGAGGAAAGUGGAGAUAUGUAUGUCGUGGAUGGGGAUGGAGGAAUGAAUAACAGAUUGCUCAAACUAUCCAACGGUAUGAGAAAACGAACUUCUGCAGUAGAUUACCAAGAGAUAUGGCUGACUGGAACAAACGGGACUGGCAUUGGUCAAUUCAAAAUUCCUCACAGUGUAACACUGGAUCCUUUUGGACGGGUAUGGGUUGCAGACAGAGACAACAAAAGAAUCCAAGUUUUUGAUAAAGUCACAGGGGAAUGGCUUGGUUCUUGGAGCAGCUGUUUUUCAGAGGAUGGACCCUAUUCUGUCAGAUUUACUGCUAAUUACAAAUACCUGAUUGUAGCUCAACUGAAUAUCAACCGGUUAGCAAUCGUGGCAGCACCACCAGUUGGCUCUAUUAGGGACUGUGUUAUCGUCAACACAAUCCAGCUGGCAGAUGAAACCAAACCACACCUUUUGGAUGUUGACAUGAAGAGUGGAGCCAUCUAUGUUGCAGAAAUCGGAGCCCAGCAAGUACAAAAGUACAUACCUUUAAGCUGAUGGUUUCCCACAUCUGCCAUGGCACAAGCUAUGUGAUAUAUAAGACCUAUGACCACAUUUCCUUGAGUUUUCUAUAGUAUCUCUCUUGUUGGGCAAGUACAGGACAUUGUGCUUUCAGAACUUAAGAAUCUGUCCUGGCUGUGCUGCAGUCCUGGAGAAGUAUUUAAUCGUGAACUCUGUCAUGAUUUAACCCCAGCAAUCAACUAAGCACCACACAGCUACUUGCUGACUCACUCUCCACACUCCUAGCAGGAUGGGGAAGAGAAUCAUGGGAAAAAAAAUAAACCUCAUGGGUUGAUAUAAAGAAAACUUAAUAGGUCAGAAAAUUAAUAAAAUAAAUAAUAAUAAUAAUUUAAAAAUAAUUAGAGUAUACAAAGCAAGUGAUGCCCAGCUAGUUAGCCAUCAGUGGCCCCAAGACAACUUUCCCUCCAGUUUGUAUACCAAGCUUGACAUUGUUCAAUAUGGAACAUCCCUUUGUCCAGUUUGGGUCAUCUGUCUUGUCUGUCAUGUCCUAGCUUUUUGUGUCCCCACCACAGCCUACUUGCUGACUGGGCAUAAGAACCUGAAUAGUCCUUGACUUAGUAUAAACACUACAACAACUAAAGCAUCAAUGUGUUCUCACACUAAAUCCAAACCAGCACUGUUCUGUGUACUGGGAUGAAAAUUAACUCUGUUGCAGAUGAAACAAAGAAAAGCUGUUACUCAUUUUAGUAAUGCCCUGGUGGGUUUUCUUUUUGUAGAUGGCAAGUGGAAAAUUACUUUGAACAGCAUCUUUAUUUUAUUGUAUAAAACUCUACAAACACAGCUGCUGUUCCUAAAAUACAGAGAGUUGUCUUGGGGCUCCUCUGCUUAGUCUCUCUGUGUUGUUAAAUGAAGGCCAGAACUGCCUGAAAGAUUUCAGGAGAGGCAAGCACCUUAUUUUAAUGUUUAUUCUUGUUUUCUUCAAUUAAUUGUGCUGAUGGUGCUUAACACUGACUACAGGAGUGCAUUAUGGUGUUGAAUAAGAUGCUGCUUGAUACCAAUGUCAUUGCUGACAUUGGCAUCUACCUUAGGUGCCUUAAUGGCAUAAGCAUUGAAAUCUAAGAUUUCACUUCUGGCUGAAGUGGUGAAGUCUGCAAUAACCUUAAGUUAAGCUGGUAUCAGGCACUUUAAAUUAAAAGUAUGUGCACAGCAGCCAAGUACUGAUUCUUAAAUCAAUUCUUAACAUGACUUUAUGCAGAUCAGCAUGAAUUUUGUGUUCUGUGAGAUUUCAUAGUGGAAUAUAUGGAAGCUCAACUCAUUGAAGUUCUUCAAAAUAAGCAAAUUCCAAUUUGCUAGGAAAGUCUUUGCCAGCAUUAGGGACUGGGGGACACCUGAUUUUCUCCUGGUUUCCUUGAAGAUCUGUCAUGUAUUGUUUUGAUUUGGGGACUUCUAACUGAUUUAUAUGCAGAACUUCGAAUUCAUCAACUCCAUUAAUGUCUAGAGUUACAUUUAUUACACUUUAUCCCAGCUGAUGUCUUCAAGCUCCGUCAUAAAAAAUGUUGCCUCUUUCCAUUCCCAGCCCAGAGAGGUUCUGUUUUCUUUACAUGUUGCUACAAGAUUUUAAGGUAGUUCACUUUAUAGCAGAGGCAACUGGGUAUGGGAGAGUGGCAUGGCAAAAAUGAGACAGUAAAUAACUCAUUACUUCUGUUGUGGACCCACAUUCCUUAUUUAUCUACUAUCUCUUCAAAACAUUCGGGAGGACUUUUGCUGUUCCUACAUGCUGAUUCUACUGCAUGGACUAUUGUAAUGCUAACUACCAGCUAAGAGAGGCAUUUUUUUUCUACUUCCUUAGAAAGGGAAUAUGUGAAAUAGAAUUACUCUAAUGGGAAGCAUCCAAUUCAGUGAAUGUUAUCAAAAGCAAAUUCUUGAUUUGGCAGGUUUUAAACUGUGAUUACAAAUUUUUGGGUCAGCAGAUGGAAAAGCUGUCCAGGAAGGUCAGACUCUAUUUUCUGUGAAGCCUGAUGGCCUGAUUUCAGUAGCAUUUGAGAUAAAUGUGUUCAAUGUGAAUGCUUUGUGGUUGGGUACAUCCACAAUAACAAAAGCAGAUCUUACCUAGCUGCUCUUAGGCAAGCUUUAGAAUUGUUUGCAUGGUCUUGAAUGGGAGCUAGUAAGCAAUAUUUAUUGUCUAUAAAAACAGCAGUACUUCCUCUAGACCUAGGUGGAUAGGUCCACAUUGCUUUGCAGUGCAUUGUAUGGAUUUUCUAAGUCUCAGGGAUCUCUGCUUUGUGUGUAUUUUAGCUAUUUCUCACCUAUGCAAGUUGGAUUUCUUUUUGAGAGUAUUAAAAUAAUAUCAUUAACUGUAUUUGAUCUUGGUGAUGUAAGGUGUUCAGGCACAUGCAUUCUUCCUCACCACAUCCUCUCUAUUUGUUUUUGCCAUUGUUGCAUCCAUUUAAAAUAGAACUCGAAACUCUCCAGGAACACGCUUCUGUGUUCAGUAAAAAAAGCAGUGCGCUUUUUGAUGUUGAUGAGAAGGUAAUUCCAAGAAGUUUGCAUUUGCUGUGUGAAUCUGUUCUCAAGUAUCUUUUUACACGGGCUUUUGCAGCCCCUAGAAAUGGGGAGCAUUCAUGCGGUUUUGUCUGGCUUUACUGAAAUAAGCCAUGGUGCCAAAGUGUGUUUUGCCUCUAGGCAUAAGAAGGGAUGUUAUUAAAUAGUAGAAGAUGCUUAGACUCCUUUUUACCUCUGUGUCUAUGAUCAGACUGAGAAAAUUAUUGAUUUGUGCACUAACUUGGUAAUUAUCUGAAGAUUUUAUUAUGUAUCAUCAUGAAACUGGUUUCUGAAAAUUACCAUUAUAGCAUAAUUGGAUAAAAUAAACAGAGCAUUUCCCCUUAUGAAA